AUGUCGAAGCCCACCGACACUAUCGUGCCCGAGGCCGUUCUCGACCCCGAGGGCGAGAGCAUCUUCCCCGAAAAGCCCGAGAAGGGGCACGCGCCGUUCAUCGGCUUCGCGGCGGGCCACCCGUUCGAUACCAUUAAAACUCGCCUGCAAUGCGCACCAAAAGGCACCUUCAACGGCGCGUGGGACUGCCUGAAGAAGACUGUGAGCAAGGAAGGCCCGCUCGCAGUGUACAAGGGCGCGUCGGUGCCCGCCAUCUCGUGGGGCAUCACCGACUCGAUCUUGAUGGGCAGUCUGCACAACUACCGCGCAUUCUUGAAAGACCACGGGUUUGCCGAGCGCAUCCCCGGCACGGUCGGCGAUGGGCCAGAGGACGAGCGGCUGUCAUUGCUGGGACACAGUAUCGCGGGCCUGUUUGCUGGGUGGACCAACGCAUCCGUCGCACACCCCACAGAAACGAUCAAGGCCAAGCUCCAGCUCCAACUCGUGCAGCCCGAGGGCACGCCGCGGCAGUUCAGCGGCCCGAUCGACGUCGUCAAGCAGACGGUGCAGACGCAGGGAAUAACGGGCAUGUGGCGCGGCCUGGGUUCGAGCUUCAUGUACCGGUCUAGUUUUGCAGCGAUGUUUGGAGGCUUUGAGAUCUUCAACAGGUGGUUUGCGACCUGGAAGGGGACUUCGUGGGAGCUGUCCCCUGGUGCUGCCAACUUCUUCGCUGGCGGCAUGGCGUCGAAUAUGUACUGGCUCAUGGCUUUGCCUAUGGACAACAUCAAAAACCGAAUCAUGGCGGACAACAUCAAGAACCCACGAUACAAGGGCGUGUUUGACGCCUACCGCCAGGUUUGGAGGGAAGGGUACGACCCAGCUCGCGGGCUGGGGUGGAACUCUGGCACUCGGAUAAAGAACUUUUACAAGGGCUUCGUCCCGGUCGCACUGCGGGCGUUCCCCACCAACGCGGCGGCGCUGGCGGUAUGGGAGGGAGUGAUGCGCUACGCGGGCGCAAAGUAGAUCAGAAGAGACAAUACUAGACACUUGCAUUGCAUUGCAUGGCACUGGG